AUGUUAUCAACUAUCUUAGUUUAUUUACUUUUCAGUUUAAUACAGAGAAGUAUCUCUUAUAACCUUAGUCCAGAAGAUGAAAUAAAUGUUCCUGUUUUUCAGCCAGUUCCAUCUUUAACAAUAGAUACUUCUUUACUAUGUAAGGAUGCAUAAUCAAAUUAGUUAUAACCAUUUACUCAAUCGUCUAAAAAAUAUGUAGCGCUUAGCAUGGGAAAUUGUGGAGUAUAUAUCUUUGAUAUUACUUAUUUAAAUAAUCCUUUGAUCGUUUUUAAUGACACGCUUGCUUUUAAUGGAUACACAUAGGGAAUAACUUUCAGUGAUACUACAAAGUUUCUAUGGAUUGGACAUUCGACUGGUUAAUUUUUUGGUAUCGAUACUAAAAUUUAACCUUUUGCUAUCACCGUUAAAGGAGUAUCUAAAGGUAAUUUAUCAAUAAACAAGAUAAUCCUAUGGCCUCUGGAUAAUAAUGUCCUCUUUUUAAUGUGUUUUACCUAAUUUUAAAUAUUUAAUUUUAGGGAGCCAAGCUAAGGGUUGAUCUAUCUAUAAUCAGUAAACGUUAAUGGAAUUAAUACCUUCUAAAUUGAAUUUGUUAGAGGAUAUUCAAUUGCUUUAGUUACUACAUCAAAUGUAGGAGUUUAGUUUUUUACAGUUAGCAAUGGAAAAGAUAUAAACAGUAUCUCUUUUACUUAUUCCUGUUUUCUAAAGCCUUUGUUUUUUGAUGUUACUAAUUUCUAACUAAUUGAUGAGAAUACGAUCGCUAUUAUGAUGGUAUACAGAGGUGCUUAUAUCUAUAAUAUUUAAAAUUUUCUUGAUAGUGGAGGCUAGACUUGUACAACUACUAUAUUUUAGUGGAUUGAUUAAACUGAAAUUGAAGGAUAAGGUGGUUAAAUGUAUCUUUCUUAAAAUAGAAGAUAUCUCUAUACAUAAUUUAGAUCAGUGGGAGUUCAAGUAUAUGAUGUUAAGGAUAAGACAUUCUAAAUUGUCCAAAGAAUAUUUAUUGAAUCUAACUGUAACGAUAUACGAUUAAGCAGUGCAGAAGAUCUCCUUUAUUAUACGAACUCAUUAACAUUGUAAAUAUUUGAAAGGACUACGCCAAACUUCAACAGAGACGUUCCAAAUUUAAUGCUGAAUUAGUAUUAGAUUACUUCUUAUAACUUCUUCAAAGAAGAGCGUAAAACUGGCAGUCUAGAUUACUACUGCUAUUUCAACUAGAAUAAACAAGAACUAUAUAUGGCGAGAGCUGAUUUUGGAGCUGCUGUUUUUAAAUAUCCUGGACAAGGAAUUUUAGAGAGUUAAUCAUUCGUCUAUAGAUAAUCAAGUAAACCGUUUCCAAAUAGUAAAAUUGCUUUUCUCUAAGAUAAUAGCACAGCUUAUCUAUCUCGUAUAGCAGGUGGAUUAUCAAUUAUCGAUUUUAGUAAUUCUAGUUCUCCAGUAAUAUUAAAAGAAAAUGUUACUUUAGGUUCUCCUAUUGUUGCCUUUGUUUAUGUAGAAUUUUUCAAAGAUUUUUAAUUUGGAGUUGUUUGUAAUUACGUAAAUGGAUAUAUAAUUUCUAUUAAAGACCCUCUAAAUCCUUUUAUUAUCAGUGUCAUAGAUACAUAUAAGUACACAGGAGGAGAUGCUAGCUUUAUUAAAGCAUUUAUAAGUAAAGACAACAAUAGAAUGUUCAUGAUGCUCGAAUCUCUUGGCAUGUUCGUAGGAAAUAUUACUGACCCGUUAAAUCCUUAAAUAAUUUCUUCAUUUUUUGCUUUUGGAUGUGCAGAUUUUAAAUUAACUUAAGACGAAAAGUAUGGCAUUUUAGCUGCCACUUUCAAAGGUAUUAUAAUAUUGUAAAAUCAACCUAAUUAUACACUAACACAAAUAUCUGAAUUGAAGGUAGUGGGUUCUCUUCAUCAUUUCAUUUUAAUGUCAAAUGAUUAGUAUAUUUUAGCUACAACUUUUGAAUAUUCUUCAAUAAUUCUAAUAAGCAUAGUUGAUAUUCUUAAACCUACAAUUGUGUAAAUUAUUGGAGAUUCAGGUGCAUGUGGUUACUAUAGCUUGUGUCUUACAAGUGAUAAUACAUAGCGAUAAGUCUUGCCAAAAAGAUAACCAUUAUAAGUUGGCUAAAAAAUUGAGAUGCAUUUGGUUCCCAUUUAUUAGAGUUAAGGUAUAAGAGUUAACAGUGCUCAGUAUUAUUUUUAAAAUACUCUUCAAGCUUUACCCUCGUGGAUAAUAUUUUAGCCAAGCACUUAAAUAUUAAGCUUGAGCAUCAGCAAAGAUUCCCUUUAAAGAGAUAGUGAAGGGUAGUAUAUUGACACUAUUCAGUAAGUAGUUUUCCUAACUUACUAGUCAGUAGUAGACUCAGCUUUUGUAAAUAAUUACCUACAAAUCAACGAUGAUGACUCUCUUUCUAUAAAGGAAGCCUGCAUAAUUACUGGAAUUAUGGAUUAAAGUGGAUUCGUUUAACCUUCCUAUACUCCAUCUUAAGAAUUAAAUCUUGGAAUAAAUGAAUAAAUUUAUCUAGCAAAAUGGUAAGGGUCGUAAUAAAGCCUCGUUAAGAAAUUUAUAUAGUAUGUUAUAAACUAAAAUAUUAUAAAUUAUACUAUCAGCUUUUAUAUUACUUAAUCCAUUCAAGUUGAUUUAAAAAAUAAGAAUUAAAUUAUAUUUUCUAUUUCAAAUGACAUAACAGUUGAAUUACAAAUUGUUGAAAGAAUUGCUGGGGGAUAUACUCUACCAACAAACAAGAUUAAAUUUGUCAAUAAAAGCUAUUCAAGUGUACUUAUUCUAAUUUCUUCUGCCUCAGAUUAACUUAAACUUGAGGGUAGCCUUAAUAAUAUAAAUAGCAUCUUAUAAAACGGUUUGAAGUAUUCAAUUAGUAAAAACAUUUCCUCUGAAGAUAUAUUAAUUUAAAUGACAGUUUCUGAUGGAGUUAACUAUGAUUAUAUCAAUACCUUUUCUUAUAAAGACGCGGUUUUUUUAUCUCUAUAAACUCCAGUUACUCUUUCAUAAGACAUUAAUUUAUAAAGUGACUUUAACUCUAAAUAUGAUAGUGGAAAAAUUUAUAUUUAUGACAGUUUUUAGUAUCAAAUAAGUAGCUCAGUCUUUACAUGUAAUGAUUCACCUAUUUUACAGUACUCAGUUAAGAUAAAAUAAGAAAACCAAUUUGUUGAUAUUCCUAAAGGUUAUUGGAUUUAAUUCUCUCCUACUGAUAGAGUGUUAACUGGAAAUCCCCCAGUUUCUUAUUUUAACAGCUUUGUUGUGAUCUAAGUUAAUGCUACAGAUGGCUACACUUAUAGUGUUGACCAAUUUACCAUAAAUCCUUGCCUGAUACCUUUCAGUUACGCUAUUCAGUUAGCUAUUUAAAUUCUUGGACCUAUAUUUGGUAUACUAGGAUUGUAUAAGUAUAAGCAUUUGAUCUAUAAUAUAUAUUUUAAAUAAUAAUAUAUCUACUCUAAAGAUGUUGCUUAUGUAGGAGAAAUAUAUUAAAAAUAAAUAACAAUAACUAAUGAUGUUAGAGGUUUAGCAAAGAAAUUAUGGAAAUUUUUCCAAAAAACACUAGGAGAGAAAGAGAUUUUGUGUUAAUUAUCUCAGUAAUUAAUGAAAGAAAAUUAGGCUACAAGCUACCAAUACUUUAAUCCUAAAAAGAGAGAGGAGGAUUUAAAAAAUAUAGAAGAAGAAGAUGAUAUUAGUUUUGAAGAAGAGGUUAUUAAUAAAAUGUACCCUUUUGGAGUAAAUAAAGAUUAAAUAGGAAUAGUAGAUAGAAAAUCUAAAAAUAUUAUGAUGCAAAGUUCGCAAAAGUUAAAUCUAUCUUUAAAAAGAGGAUUAUCAGUAACCAAGACUAUUAACUAAAAUGAAAAUAGUCCAAAAUUUGAAUGUUCUCUACCAAAUACGGAAAAAUGUACUACAAAUUUUCAAAUUAAUAACUAGAUUUAAUAAAAUCAAAAUCUUUUUAAAUCAACUAAAUAUGAAGUAAAGUAGAAAAGAAAAUUAGUGGAUUAAAAUGUAAACUCUAAAUCUGUAGCUGACAGCAUAAGAUUUGAUCUAUUACAAAUGUCAACCUAACACAUUAAAAUGGAUUAAAGCAACAUAAAUUAUCUAGAGGGAAAUGAAAUUAAUCUUUUUGAAAAUGGGCAAAUUAAUUUUUCAUCAAUUUUAUAAUUCAUUAAAUAAAAAUAAGAAUAGCUACAUGAAAAAAAUAGAAUUCUUAAUGAAAAGUAGCUAGAAUCUCUUUUAAAUAGAUAUUCUAUGUUGUCAUAAGCUAUUUGCUGCUAUUUUGUAGACUACUUAAUCGAAAAAGAUAAAAUUACUAAAAAAAUAUUUGAAUGUAUGCAUAGUAAAGCUUGCCAGUAUUAUUUGAAAAUAGAUUGGUAUAAAGCAUAUGUUGACAUAAAACAUUCUUUUGAUAACAUGAAUUCUUACCCUGAAAUUAAUAUUAAUGAAAAGACAUAUUCUGCUUCUCUUAGAGAAAUUUUUAGCUCUAUUUCAAGAUAUUAUUAUGAUCCAGAUACUAAAAAUCCUAAGGAAAUAAGAUUUUUCUAGGCUUUACUCAAAGAAGCUAUUAAAUCAAGGGCCAUUGGGUUCUCUAGCAAAUCUACUUAAUUCCUUUAAGUGACUCAAGGAGAGAGCUUACAUACAUUUAGCCACCUAAUUUAGUCAGUUAAGACAUUCGAAAAAAGCUCUUAUACCUUAUGUUGUUAUACUUUGCGUAAGCUUCUAGACAUCCAUUACUUAGAAAAAGGAUUAACAGAUAAUGAAAAACUGCCUUCUUGGAUUCACUCUAUAGAUUUAAUUAAUGGAGUAAUAUUAAUUAGUGGAAUUCCAGAGAAAAAAGAUAUAGGAAGCAUAUUAAUUAAAAUUAUAGACUCAUCUUAGUUCAUUGUUAAAAGCUUUGAAAUCCAAGUUCUUUAAAAAUAAACAGAAAAUAACGGAGAGAAAAUAAUUUAAACACAUGGUUAAAAUCAUACUUAAUUAAAGAAAGCUUCUACCUUUGCUAAAAAUGCUAAUCUUGAAAUUUAAUUAGCCUAAUCAUAUUAAAUACAUGAUAUUAAUCAAUUAAAUGGAGAAAGCUCUCCUUAUUCCCCAAUAAAUCACAUUAAAUAUGCAGACUUAGAUGAAUAACCCUUAUAAUUGGAUGAAGUAUAAGAGAUUGAAUUAAAAUCUAUGAAAACUGCUUAACAAAAUAUACAAUAAAGAAAAUAAUAGUUAGUUAAGUCAUUAAAAUAAUCUGAUUUUGCUGUAAAUAUGAGUCAACAAGCAAAUAAAGAUAGAUAAUCAAAAUGUUAAUAAUAUUGA